AGUUUCUUCACCUCAUUCCUGAGACAAGAUUGCGCCCACCCCUUGUGUAAGCAAUUUAAACCUGAUAGAGGAUCAUCUGCCUAUCUUUACACCGAAAAUCUUUGUAAACUCAAGUUCUCAUGCGCGGAGCUUUAUCCAAAACCACAGUUAUGAUUUUUACGGGCACAAAUCCGACCGGUUAGCGCGAUUAAAGCACUUUUAUUUUGAUUUGUGCAACUGAGAAUCCCUAAACCAGAAAUAUACGCGCGCCACUAUCCUUUCCUUUCCCCAUGAAAAUGCUCUGAACAGGUGCCUGAACGAAUGUGCACACCGACCAAAGUUUAGUAAUAUGAACUUAUUUCCAAGUGGAAUAUAUUUUUAUUUAUCUGUAGCAAUCUGUUGGCUAGCGUCAGGUGUCCACGCAUCUUGGUGGUACAUGGGUACCCUCGGGUCGCAAGUGAUGUGCGACAACAUCCCGGGGUUAGUCAGCAAACAGCGGCAGCUGUGCCGCCAGCAUCCCAAAGUCAUGCAGGCUAUAGGAGCCGGGAUGAAAGACUGGAUCGGCGAGUGUCAGUAUCAGUUCCAGAACCACCGCUGGAGUUGCAACACCAUGGCGCGGGAACACAACGUGUUCGGGCGGCUUCUUUCGCGUAGUAGUCGCGAGGCGGCCUUUGUCUAUGCCAUUUCCUCAGCCGGCGUGGUGUACACACUGGCACGAGCCUGCAGCCAGGGAGAGCUCGACUCGUGCUCCUGCGACCCCACCAAGAAGGGCUCAUCGCGGGACACCAAGGGCGCCUUCGACUGGGGCGGCUGCAGUGACCACGUGGAGCACGCCAUGAGGUUCAGCCAGGUGUUCGUCGAUGCCAAGGAGAGGAAGGAGAAGGACGCCCGGGCCCUCAUCAACCUGCACAACAACCGCGCCGGCCGCAAGGCGGUGAAACGCUUCAUGACCCUGGAGUGUAAGUGUCAUGGGGUGAGCGGCUCGUGCAGCGUCAGGACCUGCUGGCUGGCCAUGGCAGACUUCCGACGCACGGGCGACCACCUUCGUCGGCGCUACAACGGAGCUGUCCAGGUGGCCGUCAACCAGUACGGCACCGGCUUCGCUGCCCUCCUUGCCCACGCCAAGCGGCCAAGCAAGAAUGACUUGGUGUAUUUUGAGGACUCGCCCGACUACUGCAUGCAAGACCAUGAGUCUGGUUCGGUGGGUACAGACGGUCGUGUCUGCAACCGGACGUCCCGCGGCAUGGACAGCUGCGAGGUCAUGUGCUGUGGCCGUGGUUACGACACGUCGCGGGUCAGCCGCACCACCAAGUGUGAGUGCAAGUUCCAUUGGUGUUGUGCAGUGCACUGUAGAGACUGUGAGCACCAGGUGGACGUACACACCUGCAAGUCCCAGACGUGACCUGGCUGCAGCCACGUCGACCGGACAAACAACCCGGCCGUCAGACCCGACAGGGGCGCAUACCUGACACAUCACUUCGGCCUGUAUUAGGCUGAGUUAAAGCCUCAAACUAACUUUUGUCCAUUUUCCAUAAAUCCAUUAUGCUUCAGUUAGCAUGAUUCACUGUGCAAGAAUGUAAAGCUGUCAACAUUUAUACAACCCCCCCCCCACAAAUAUGUGAUUUGCAUCCAUCAAACUGCUGUAGUUACAGAAAAGACUAUCAAGCUCUUAAUCACCACUAGUAUUGUUUUAGUUUUUUAAGGUGACAUGCACCUUUUUAAGAAUAGUACAGCAUCAACAUGGCAUUAUAAAGUCAUUUACAGGUUGCUUGUGCAGAAUUUGUGAUUUUAGGACACAUCCAUGUUGCGGUGUUUCAUAUACUGUAUAGUUUGCGUAUUGUCUAUAGAGCUGAUUAUCCAAAUAUCUAUUAGUUUGAGUAAAAGCUGAAGUUAAAUUCCAAAAUGCAACGUCAACUCAAAUGUCAACUUUUGUCAAAUCUUUGCAAGCUAAAAUAAAUACUGUUGAUGGAUUUGUUUUAUCACUAGCUGCUUUGUGCAAUUCACUUGGAUAAUAUUUCUUAAAAUGAUAGGACUUUGGGAUUAAAUGCUGGUCAACUUCAUGUUGACCAGCAAACAGUGGUACGCAUGUGCAGUAAUCAGAUGUGUAAACACUAAACAACUUCAUUUUUUUCAAACAUCAUUUUUGGUGACCACAAUGUCAAUUUAUGUAAUUUUAAAAUAAAGUUUUAAUGCAAUUUAAGAAAAACUUA